AUUGGGAUUUGGCCAUUGUUUCACGUCGGACGUUUUACAGACGUUACUCAGGCCUCAAGACUUCCGGUGUGCCAUAAUACCGCUGCGCAUACAUCAGGUUUGUUUAACCAUUUCACCUGCUCGCUGGUUAAUAUCAUAAUUCUAUGUACUCAGGCCUUUAAGUACAGCUACGGACAGAGUCAUAGGUUCUUUAGUUUACAGCUCUACCAGCUGUACUAUCUACUCCCUUUAAAAACACGUAAUUAGCUCCAGAAGUUGUUUAGCAACAGUCGACCAUGCUAGUUUGACCUAGCUAACGUCGACUAGCUAAUGUGCUGGCACCAACCGCUGGACUCACUCAGCGGGUUUAACGUUAUAAGGAAUUAACUCAUCUUCCAUUUCGCUGAAUGUGCGACCUUAAUGGUACCUUUUUGUAAAUCAAUCAUGACUUUAUUCAGCCAUAACUCUGAACUAGCGGGCUGACGUUAUGUAGCUACGUGUCCUGACAUCUGGCCUGUUGACGUUGGCUACCUGCUAGCUAACUGGUGUGCUGCAACCUUUAGCUAGUACACUUUAGCUUAACAUAAAUAACGGAAUGCCUCGUGCUAAACUUGUGUCUAAAUAAUGGUAUCAUAAUUAUUCACACAUGUAUAUGUCGUAAGCAUGACCAGCUUUACGUUUGCAAUAGAAGUGUUUGGAAUUGGUCCGCGCAAUGCAUUGUGGUCGGACAGCCCGGGGAACAACAGGCGAAUAACCAGUAAUAGAGUUAACGUUGGAUUAAAACCAUUGCAACAAAUGUCAACUUUUAUUUGAAGUCCUUAAUGUCACUAUGUGGUUAUUUAACAACUGCUGAUUUCCAACGAUGCCUCAAAAUCUCACAUCUUACCUUAAAUCCGCAAAGUUUUAAUUGUUCCUGUAUUGGCCAAGGGAGUAACAGUGGGACGCUUCUCUGUCAUGUCUCUAUUACAACUGUAUUGGUCCAAGCUGAACUGAAAUGACAUCUAAUAAACACAUGUAUCCUUUGUGUGUGUGUGUGUGUGAUGUGGAGCAGGCGGUGGAGAGUGGACGCUGAUGGGGGACGAAAAGGAGACCUGGAAAGUAAAAACUCUUGACGAAAUUCUACAGGAGAAAAAACGCAGAAGAGAAUUAGAAGAGAAAACAGAUCCCAAGCGCCAGAAAAAUAAUUUUCCAUUAAAACCUACCAUGUCCACACAGGGCCCUGUUCCACAGGCGGAUGAUCGUGAAGCCAAACGAGAUACUCCGGAGGAAGGAGAACUACGGGAUCAAAAGAUGGAAAUAACAAUUCGUAAUUCCCCGUACGCACGGGAGGAUUCGACAGAGGACAGGGGCGAGGAAGACGAAUCAUUGGCUAUCAAGCCUCCACAGCAAAUAGCAAGAAAAGACAAGUCUCACCACAGAAAGGAGGAGAAGAGAAAAGACAAAAGACGCCAUCGCAGUACCUCUGCAGAAGGAGCAGGGAAACAAGUACGACCCAAAGACAAAGAAAAAGAGCGAGAGAACGAACGCAGGAAGCGUCAGUGGGAGGAGGACAAAGCCCGGAGAGACUGGGAGAGGCAGAAACGGAGAGAGCAGGCCAGAGCUCAUUCACGCAGAGAAAGACCCCGAUUGGAUUCUCCUGGGUUUUUUUUGGACCACAGGGACCGCCUGGAACAGCAGGAGCGCCAGCGCGAGCGCGACAGAAAGCUGCGCGAACAGCAGAAAGAGCAACGCGAGCUGAAGGAGCGGGAGAGGAGGGCCGAGGAGCGACGCAAAGAGAGAGACAGUCGGCGAGAAGUGCCAUCUCACCAUCGGAUGCUACCGGAUGAGUACGGUGACAAGCCAAAACAAAGUCACAGCCACAGCCGGAGUCCCACACGCAUUCCCCGGGACAGAUCUGAACUCGGCGAACCACGGAAAAGUGCACCGUCGAAGGAGGAGAAGCCAGAGGGCAAAGACCUGCUCGCAGACCUCCAGGACAUCAGUGACAGCGAGAGGAAGACCAGCUCAGGAGGAUCCUCCAUCGCAUCGGGAUCAGGAUCAGGGUCAGAUGAUGAAGAUGACGACGAUGAAGAGGAGUCCAGCAGCCAGACUGAGGGUGAAGAAGAGGAAGGGGAGUCUGUUUCGGGCUCGGGACGGUCCGAGCAGAGUGCAGAGGACGUGAGCGAGGACGAGCAGUCAGCGGAAGACUUUGAAGACGAGAGAGAAAAUGGGAAUCACAUACCUGCCGUUUUGACAGAUUUCCCACUUGGCCUCACAGUGCCGGAGUCCCGUUUCGAUCACGACUCCGAGGAGAGCGGUGAGGACAUGGAGGAGGAGGAGGAGCAGCAGGAGGAGGAGGAGGAGGAAGAGGAGGAUGACGACGACACAGGAGAGGGUGACCCCACGCCUCACUCUCAAACUCACUCUCGCUCCCCCACCCCCGAAGAGAACUACAUCCCAGAUUCCCCUCCAAUCUCCCCCGUGGAGCUGAAGAAGGAGCUUCCCAAGUAUCUGCCUGCGUUACAGGGUUGUCGCAGUGUUGAGGAGUUCCAGUGCCUGAACCGGAUAGAAGAGGGAACCUACGGCGUGGUGUACAGGGCCAAGGACAAAAAGACGGAUGAAAUUGUGGCCUUGAAAAGGUUGAAGAUGGAGAAGGAGAAGGAGGGCUUCCCCAUCACGUCUUUAAGAGAAAUCAACACGAUCCUGAAAGCUCAGCACCCAAACAUCGUCACAGUGAGGGAAAUAGUUGUUGGAAGUAAUAUGGACAAGAUCUACAUCGUGAUGAACUACGUGGAACAUGACCUGAAGAGUCUGAUGGAAACCAUGAAGCAGCCCUUCCUGCCAGGCGAAGUGAAGACUCUGAUGAUUCAGCUGCUGCGAGGUGUCCGACAUCUCCACGACAACUGGAUCCUCCAUCGCGACUUAAAGACAUCCAAUCUGCUGCUGAGCCACAAGGGUAUCCUCAAGAUUGGCGACUUUGGCUUGGCCCGGGAGUACGGUUCCCCCCUGAAGCCCUACACCCCUGUAGUGGUGACCCUGUGGUACCGAUCACCAGAGCUGCUGCUCGGAGCCAAGGAGUACUCCACAGCUGUGGACAUGUGGUCAGUGGGCUGCAUAUUUGGCGAGCUCCUCACCCAGAAACCUCUUUUCCCUGGAAAAUCUGAAAUCGACCAAAUUAACAAGGUUUUUAAGGAUCUGGGGUCACCCAGCGAGAAGAUCUGGCCCGGCUACGGCGAGCUGCCCGCUGUGAAGAAGAUGACUUUCACAGAGUAUCCCUACAACCACCUGCGAAAACGCUUCGGAGCGCUGCUCUCAGAUCAAGGCUUUGACCUCAUGAACAAAUUCCUCACCUACUGCCCCAGUAAGAGGAUUCUAUCGGACGAGGGGCUCAAGCACGAGUACUUCCGCGAGACGCCGCUGCCCAUCGACCCGUCCAUGUUCCCCACCUGGCCGGCCAAAAGUGAGCAACAGAGGGUGAAGAGAGGCACCAGUCCUCGUCCACCCGAGGGAGGACUGGGCUACAGUCAACUGGCCGGCGAUGACGACCUCAAAGACACGGGCUUCCACUUGACAACCAGCAACCAGGGAGUGUCUGCAGUCGGUCCAGGAUUCAGCCUCAAGUUCUGAGCCCAAAACUCUGCAGGAUACCUGGCUGUCCAGCUGAGGAAGCGAGAGCGAAGAGAUCUGGGACUCGUUCUUUCGGAGUUGGGACAGUGUCACUGGUACACAGCUAUGAACCAGAUAAAUAUCUGAACAUUUGCAACUGUUACCAAAUAGUCAGGACUGUCUCACAGCAAAGACUGGUGGCUCAAGCAUGUCGAAUCUUCCGAAUUUGUCGCUCGACUUUUUUCGGCUUCUCAAACCAUUUUUAAAUGUGUCCAUUGUAGCUCUUAAGAGGAGACGCGACCGUACAUCUGUUAGACGUUUAGCUCUCAUCUUUGACUUUUGUUUUAUUUUCCCUUUUUAUAUUUCAUGAGAGAGGAGCAGAUUUUCUAAACGGUUGGUAUUUCCUGGCUGCCUGAGCUACUGUAUAAUGAUGCAGCGUUGGCUGUGUUUUCCAUCCAGCAUUAUGCUCGAAAUUUACUUAGGACUGUCGGUGUCACUUGAUGGCAGCGGGAUGAUGUUUUUGCAAGAAAUAAAGUUUGAAACUUUG